CCAUUUGUCGGCCACCAUCACCAUGCGUAUUUUAUAGCUACAAAAAUGUUUUCAAAAUCAAUUAGUUACAAAAGAUCAUAGCCACAAUGUAAAAUGCGAAGAUUUGCAACAUUGGAUUGUUUAGUGGACUCCAAUGACAUUACUACAUUUUCUUACAACAAUGCACAAAGUCUGAGACAGGCACUGUUAUCACACGUGACGUAUCAGCCGCGGAUCCAGCAGGCACUUCAACACACCAAUUUUCAUUUUCAUAGAACUUGCAGUUACGGUAAUAUUUUAAGAGAAUGCCGUGUAGGCGAAGGCAGCACUCUGUUGAUGUUCUGGCGUCCUGCGUAUUCUGAAAGCGGAGUCACUGUAAGCAUGUCUGCCUCAAGUUGUUCUUCGAUAAUUCCCAACCCUCACGCUGAUCGGGAGCUGCGUAGCUCAGCGCAGCAGACCGAUAUCACAUGCCGUUACAUUGCUGGCAUGGGCACACCAGUGUCAGAUUCAGAAGAAGCCAGAGAGCGCAUACGCGUGGCGGCGGACUCUUUGACGGCGCCCGGGGCGGGGGCGCUGUCUCCGCCCGGUGCGGCGCGCUCGCGCUCUAUACUCGGCUCUGUUUGCGCUCUGCUGCUUGCUAAACAGGCUUCGCAGUCAGCGCCAAAAGAAGUGACCAGCGUAGCAGGCAGCCUAGCUUCAGAGAAUAUCUGCCGCAUCUGCUUCGGCGGGGCAUCAGCGGAGCGCCUGGAGCGCCCGUGCGGCUGCCGCGGCACCAUCGCCGCCGUGCACCGCUCCUGUCUCGAGCGCUGGCUGCUGCAGGCGGCCACUAGCUAUUGCGAGCUCUGCCGGCACCAUUACGUGGUCACCAGGAGUCACAAAUGGUCCUGGAUGCGUUCUCUAAUCGAAUGGUUCGGGUCCGGGCGCGGGCGGGCGCUGGGGGCGGACUUAUGGCGCGGCGCGGCGCUGGGCGCGGCGAGCGUGCUGGGCACGGCGCGCGCGCUGCACGCCGCGGACCGCGCGCUGCAGGCCGGCGCGCGCGCCGGCGGGCCCGCCGCCCUCGCCGCCAACCUGUUCUCGUCGCUGCUCAUCGGUAUCAUUGGCGCGCUAAACGGUCUCCUAACGACCUGGAUCCUGCUCAAGAUCCAGGAGCACCAGAUGUCCUGGCAAGCCUGGCGGGACAGCACGCUGCACGUGCGCGUGUUGCUGGCCGACGACGUGCCCGAGGACCCGCCGACCGACGGAGAUGAGAGGCUGCUCGCGCGCACCGACGACCCGCCGACGAUCGACAGGAGCACGAAUGUCGCUGAUCCAUUUAUGGUCGCCAUGCCCUUUGCUUUGCCGGACCCCUGAACGAUCCUCUUAAAAUACAGUGUUAUGAUAACCUAUUAAAAAGUACUACCUAACCCCUAACAAUUUUAUCACACAUAGUGGCGGGCAAUAUUUUUGGAUACUUAGGUAUCGAUAUCGAUGGAU